GAUUUAUUCGAAGCCAAGGUGUAUGAUGAAGUGGAAAACAUUCGCGCGAAAAUCAAUGACAGGGCUGUUUGCGAGCGUGCAUCGGAACUUAAUAGCGGUGUCACAUACAAGAUUGAGCACCCACUAGCUUGGGGACGCGGAUCCCUUAUGGGCUAUGCUAACUAUUAUGCUCGGAUUCGCUUCACCGAGAAUAGUUCUGUUUGGCUUAUUCGAGUGCCUCGAAUAAAUAGCAGUAUCCCCCAAUCACUCGUCAACUACCUAAUUCGUAGCGAGUACGUAACUCUCAAAUUUCUCGAAACGACCAAAGUACCUGCUCCUUGGGCCUUCGAUUAUAGGAUUGUUGGCGACAACAAAAACCAAGUGGGCACUCUGGCAGCGAACCCAAAACACAAUUUAGUGGAAGCUACAGAGCAAUUCUACCUCAAGCACGUGGACGAUAAGGGAGAUCACUUGAUGGUGGACGACGAGUUGAACAUCAUUAGAAUCAUAGAUUAG